CUUCUCAACGUGGUGGCUUUGUAAGAUAAACCAAGUCAAAAUGGCCAAGCGUACACGAAAAGUUGGUGUUGUAGGAAAGUACGGCACACGUUACGGUGCUUCAUUAAGAAAAAUGAUAAAGAAAAUUGAAAUUUCUCAACAUAAGCGCUAUCCAUGCAGUUUUUGUGGAAAGUGCGUAUUAGCACGAAGUAAUGUUGGCAUUUGGAAUUGCCGAAAGUGUAAUAAGUCAGUUGCUGGUGGUGCAUACGUACCAAGCACCGUUGCCGCUGUAACAGCAAGAAGUACCAUUCGUCGUCUUCGAGGAUUACAAGAAAUCUAGAGCAAUACCUUUUCGAACAGGAAACAUUUGUUUGCUUUUGAAUAUAUGACUGCAAGACACUAAUAAAGAAAUAAUUACGAAAA